AUGGAAUCUAACGGGUUUAUACAAGAGCCGAUCGCAGUCGUCGGAAUGGCCUGCAGGCUCCCAGGUCGCAGCGACUCACCCCGGAAGCUAUGGGAAUUCCUGAUGCGGAACGGAGUGGCGGAUACAGAUGUACCAGCUGAUAGAUUCAAUUUCAAGGGGUUUUACGACGGUUCGGAUAGGCCUCAGACGUUGCGCUCACCGGGGGCCAUGUUCAUGGAAUCGGUAAACCCAGCAGAGUUCGACGCUUCAUUCUUCAAUAUACCCCCACAGGAAGCGAUAUCGAUGGACCCACAGCAGCGAAUAUUGUUGGAGGUUAUUUAUGAAGGACUCGAAGAAGCCGGAAUACCGAUGGAAUCCCUGGCUGGAGAGAAGUAUGGAUGCUUCGUGGGGGCGCACACAGGAGACUACUGGGAUAUCUUCGCGCGUGAUCCGGAUUCGCGACCCCCAAAUGCUGGGAUAGGCGGCUCGGCAACCAUGCUGAGCAACCGCGUCAGCCACUUUCUGGACAUCAAGGGCCCGAGUAUGCCAAUCGACACGGCGUGUUCCAGCUCGUUAGUUGCUCUAGACACGGCAUGCAAAUCCCUGCACAUCGGAGAGAUAAACGGCGCAAUCGUGGCAGCUGCCGGAUUGAUCUUGAACCCAGAUUAUGGAUGCGACGCCGGAUCAAUCAAAAACACACAUUCGCCGACUGGACGAUGUCACGCUUUUGACGCCAAGGCAGACGGAUACAUUAAGGCGGAAGGCAUUAAUGUUGUCAUUUUGAAACGGCUUGAUGACGCCAUCCAAGACAGGGACCCAAUUCGCGCCGUGAUCCGAGGAUCAGCUAAUAACCACAACGGCCGUACGGCUGGUAUUGCUUCUCCGAACGCUGACAUCCAGGCUUCCGCGGUGCGGCAGGCGUACGUCAAUGCCAAUAUCACCGACUAUUCUCUUACUGCGUAUUUGGAGUGUCACGGAACUGGAACGAUAGCGGGAGACCCGGUAGAAGCAACAGGCAUUGCGUCGGUAUUCGCCUCAUCGCGGGCCAUUGACCGACCGCUACGCAUUGGAUCCAUAAAAAGCAAUAUUGGACAUAGUGAGUCCGCCGCGGGUUUGUCUGGCCUGAUGAAAGGAGUCAUGAUUCUCGAGAAUGGACUGAUCCCUGGGAAUCCCACAUUUGAAACUCCAAAUCCUGAAAUUGAUUUCCACAACCUUAAGUUGGAUAUCCGGCAAGAGUACACUCCAUUCCCAGAUAUGCCGUUCCGCCGGGUAAGUGUCAAUUGCUUUGGCUUCGGGGGAUCCAAUGCGCACGUCAUUCUCGAUGAACCGAACGCUUUGAUCUCAGAUUAUACUCCGGCAUACAUCAGCUCAUAUCAACCGCGAGCCGCAGCUGCCGAUAAGGGUGGAAAUUUCAAGAAGUCGCGACCAUACCUUCUAUGUGUUUCCGCAAACAAGCAAGGAUCGCUCCGAGAGUCAAUCGACAAACUAGCGCAUCACUUGCACGAUCCAGAAGUCAACAUAAGCGCUCGCGACCUCGCCUAUACACUUGGUGUGCGGAGGAGUCAUCUGUUUCAUCGAGGGUAUCUGAUCACGAACCAGCUGGGGGACAUAGAUGCCACAUCAGCUGUUUGUGGGAAGAAAAGUGUCCACCCGCCCAAGAUCGGGUUGGUAUUCACAGGGCAGGGAGCUCAAUGGCCACAGAUGGGACAUGACUUGCUCAAAUCAUUUCAAGCAGCGAGAGACAUGAUCGACCACCUCGACGCCGUUCUUCUGCGUUUGCCAGAUCCGCCCAACUGGACUCUAUUGGAUGAGUUAACAUCCCCGCGCGACCCUGAGCGUACAAGACAACCUGAAUUCAGCCAGCCUCUUGUCACUGCUCUGCAGUUGGCGCUACUGGCAACUCUGAAGGUCUGGGGUGUUUUACCGCACAGUGUCGUAGGACAUUCAUCGGGUGAAAUUGCGGCGGCAUGCGCAGCCGGGUAUAUUUCUGAUGAGCAGGCCAUUAGUCUGGCGUAUCGUCGUGGAAAGGUUUGCCAAAACACACGUGAUGAGAACGACACUCGCUUGGGAAUGUUAGCGGUCGGUCUUGGAACUGAAGAUGUGUCGAAGUAUCUGGAUGAGUCCAAGGAGGUACAGAUUGCAUGCUUCAACAGUCCUUCGAGCACGACUCUCUCUGGUCCCGUCACCAAAUUAGAGCGCUUAAAAGAACAACUUACGGAGAAUGGAGAAUUUGCACGAAUGUUGCAGGUAGACCAAGCAUAUCACUCCAGGUAUAUGGAGAAGACCGGAGAAGCAUACCAGAAAGCUGUGUGCAAUGACCUACCUCUACUCUCCUCAUCCCUUCAAGUUCCUGGCUCUGUGCCAAUGUUCUCAUCUGUAUCUGGUCAGCAACAAGCCGAAAUCCCGGAUGUCGAAUACUGGAAGACGAACAUGGUAUCGCCUGUACGCUUCGAAGACGCUGUUCAUGAGAUGCUAACGGCCAAAGAAGCACCUAACUACCUAAUUGAAAUCGGUCCUAGUGGGGCUCUCAAAGGACCUCUCGCGCAGAUUCAAAAUAGUUUUGACGGCCCGCCAAAGGCCAAAUACCUUUCGGCGUUACAUCGCGGGCCAGAAUCAAUCCAAUCCACUCUUUCCAUUGCUGGUGAAUUGUUCCUGGCAGGCUCUCCAAUAUCCAUGCAAGUCGUGAAUGAAGAUCAAGGGCAAUCCUCUCCUUUGGUCGUCACUGAUCUGCCAGGGUACAGCUGGGACCACUCGACCAAAUACUGGUUCGAGUCAAAAUCCAGCAAAGACUGGCGGUUUAAACCAUUUCCGCAUCACGACCUUCUCGGCAGCAAGACAAUUGGGACAUCUUGGCGCAAUCCAACAUUUAAGAAGACAAUCAGUUUAUCUCACUUACCAUGGCUGCGAGAUCAUCAGAUUGGAUCUGAUGCCAUUUUCCCCGGGUCCGGGUACAUUGCGAUGGCUGUGGAGGCUUUGUAUCAGGUAACGUGCGUUCGUCAACCAGACACUGCCGUUUCAUCACCGGGUCAGCUAGGUUAUCGCUUGCGAAACGUGCGCUUUGACAUGGCGCUUAUCCUGGAAGAUGGGGUUGAGCCGGACGUCUAUCUCACUAUGAGUCCGUUUGGGGCCUCAGAAGACACCUGGUAUGAAUUUACAGUAUUUUCGACGCGGCAAGAUAUCACGACAUAUCAUUCCAGCGGCAUGAUCCGUGUCCAGGACAUUGUUAUUGAUCCAGCAUCUGAAGCCGACAUAGUACCUCUAGAGCACGCUUGGCCGGGUCAAAUGUGGACAAAGGCCUUUGCAGAGAUCGGCUUCAACUAUGGUCCAGCAUUCCGGCUGCUCCGAGAAGUAGAGACCCGCGCUGGAUCGAGGAGAAGUCGAUGUACCAUCACAUUAGCCGAUCCCUGUUCAGACCAAGCGCAGUCGUCCUAUCCUUUCCAUCCUGCCGCCCUAGAUGGGGUCCUCCGGGCUACUGUCCCGGCCUCUGUUGCCGGAACACGGGGAGGUACUCGAGAAACAUUGAUCCCUGCUGUGAUUGAUGAUUUCAUCAUCAAUCCCAAUUCCAGCCGUCCGGAUGUUGGCAUGGCGAUAUCUUCGAGCUACUAUUCCGGUCGAGGAAGGUCUGAUGCCGCAAAGAGCUAUCUAGGUGACACUUCUGUAUACGACCCAGACACAGGAGAGCUUCUCAUCCGAAUGACGAAGCUUGCCAGCCACAAGGUUGAUCUAGGUACCGACCCAUUAGCUUCACACGUACUAACCCAUGAAGUCUGGAAGCCGGACAUCACCACACUGACCACAAAUUCUCUUCGGACUCUAUGUGAUCAAGAUGCAGAUAUAGUUCCGGCUAUACUGGACUCGGCGAUCCAUAAGAAACCCGAUCUAGAUGUUCUUGAAAUCGACCUAGACACCGGAGAUCUCAGCAGCCCGUGGUUGGACUGGCAUCGGGAGGCCGAACAACGCAGUGGUCGAAGCUACCGCUUCAUGGCACUCGAUCCGGCCAGCGUUUCUGAUAUCCAAAGCCAAUAUGAAAAUUAUACAGAUUUAUCAGUCAAUGUACUGGAUCCCAGGAAUAGCCGACUGGGUCUUCAAGAGGACGACUCGUUCGACCUUAUCAUCUUGAAAUGUGUUUCGCCUUUGUCGGACAAAAUGACUUCUGUCGUGGAGGCUGUGAAAACGCUGGUAUCCGCAGAGGGUCUUAUAUUGGCUAUUGACUUUCAAGCCACGGGUCGUCAGAUUACUCCCAAACGCUCUCUCCAUAGCAAUUUGGAAAAAUCUAAGUCCUUUCGUGUCCUUUCCAUUACCGAAAAGACGAGGAGCCUAAUAUUGUGUUCACUCUAUCCAGAACUCGAGCCGGAAAUAUUGGCACGCGAUUUGUACACUGUUUCUUUUGAAGAUAUCUUUCAAUUCCCAGCUGUUCUCGGAAACCAUCUCCAGAACGCAGGAUGGAGAAUUCAUGAGUCGCAAGGCGUGUCUGAAAACAUCCCAGAGGGAGCUACUGUACUCGUUAUUGAUGAGCUAUUCUCUUCCCUCUUCACAGGAAUUUCAGAGCCACAAUGGUGUUAUCUACGUCAGCUAGUGACAACCGGGUGCAAAAUACUUUGGGUGACGCAAGGGUCUCAGCUCGCCGUCUUUCAGCCGGACAAUGCUCUUGCCGCAGGCCUUUUCCGGUCUAUUCGCUCUGAGGAUCCGAACGCAACAAUCAUGACCCUGGACGUUGGAUCCAGCGACAUUGAGCAGGCAGCGCCGCAUAUUGUGGAGGUGUUGAGGCAGCUUGAGCGACCACAUGCCCGAUGGAUUACUGAUAGCGAGUAUGUGGAGCGAAACGGGGUCCUUCACAUACCUCGAAUCGUUCCAUAUGAGAAAUUAGACCGUGAGGUAAACGCACACAUCGGAAAACCAACCACGAAGGUUUUAUCGGAAAACAAAGAAAUCGCACAGCUCAGAGCAGAGCAAGUGGGUACCUUGGACGGACUUCAGUUCGUUGAAGUUGCCACAACGCCCCCUGCACAGGGUCAUGUCGAAAUCGAGAUCUCUGCUGUGGGCCUGAACUUCAAAGAUGUAGCUGUCACCAUGGGAAUUGUUCCAGAGAACGAACAUUUGCUGGGGCUAGAAGGGUCAGGUGUUGUCCGCAGCGUUGGAGCGGGAGUUUCGAGAGCUUUGUUCCCUGGCAUGCGUGUUGUGUUUAUGGCAAAGGGAGCACUCGCCAAUCGUAUCCAAGUGCCCGCAGAAUUCGUCCUUCCCAUCUCCAAUGCAUUGUCGCACCAGGACGCAGCAACCAUACCCGUGGUGUUCUGCACGGCUCUUUUCGCCAUGUUUGACACCGGAAAUCUCCAGUCGGGGCAAACAGUGCUCAUCCAUUCAGCUGCGGGGGGUGUUGGAAUGGCUUGUAUCCAGUUGGCUCAAGACAUAGGAGCAGAUAUCUAUGUGACAGUAGGAACAGAGGAGAAGCGUUCCUGCCUCCACGAGAAGUUCGGCAUUCCCUUCGACCACAUGUUCUCAUCACGAUCCACAAACUUCGCAUCCGAAAUCAUGAAGGCGACGAAGGGACAGGGCAUCGAUGUAAUUGUGAACUCCCUGACAGGUGAUUUGCUAGAUGCAACCUGGCGCAUCUGUGCGGACGGUGGAACAAUGGUGGAAAUUGGCAAGCGAGAUAUUGUAGAACGCAACUAUCUUGCUAUGGACCCAUUCGAUCGGGGGUGUUCAUACCGCGCCAUCGACCUAUCGCACCCCAAGUUGAUGCUCAAACUGCCUAGUCUUCUCAGUCGUAUCUUCAAAAUUCAAGAGAAUGGGCAUAUCUCUCCGAUCACUCCCAUCACCACCUUCCCUUUCAAAGAGAUCCCUGAGGCAUUUGCAUUCCUUCGCAGCGGUCGCCAUAUUGGAAAGGUCGUUAUAUGCGACAAUCCUAGUCAACCAUCUGAGGUUUCCAUACGACCCAUGCAGCGCGACCUAAACCUUCCCACAGAUCUGGCGUAUUUAAUAGUUGGAGGGCUCAAGGGUCUUUGCGGUAGUCUAGCCCUGCACCUCGCAGAACAAGGGGCUCGGCACCUGGUUGUCAUGUCUCGCAGUGGUUGCGCCGACCCUCGAUCACAAAGGGUAAUCACAAACUGUCGUUCACUGGGAUGCGAGAUCUAUUUCUGCCGCGGUGAUGUUUUACGCGUCUUAGAUGUGCGACGAGCCUUUAUGAAGGCACCGCUACCCAUUGGCGGCAUUGUGCAGGGCGUCAUGCUCCUUCGCGACCGGCCGUUUGAGACAAUGACAGUGGAUGAAUACCACGAAAGCAUUGAAGGCAAACUACAGGGAACCUGGAAUUUGCACCAUGUCUCCUUAGAGCACGGUCUCUCGUUGGAUUUCUUCCUCAUGUUGUCCAGCAUUUCAAGCGUAGUAGGCAGCCCAGGUCAGGCCAACUACGCUGCGGCCAACAGUUUUCUGGACUCGUUUGCUGCACACCGUCGGUCGAUGGGACUAGUUGCCCAGACAAUCAACCUUGGAGUGGUCGAGGAUGUAGGGGUAGUCGCCGAAUCCGAUGCCCUGUCUAAGCGCCAUCAGAAGUCUACGGAAUUGAUCAACAUCCCGGAAGGGGUCCUGCACGACAUCAUCGAUUGUUCGCUUCGGCAACAGUUCAUGUCCAAGGCCUCGCCAUCGGGUGCUGAAACCCCGAGCCGGUUGAUCACAGGUCUCGCGGUACCACAAGACCCGAAACAAUCAGCCCUGCGAUUCGAUCCGCGAUUCAGGGGAUUAUUCGUGGCGCGGUCAAGUGCAUUCGAGUCUGGGACGGCUGCAAAUGAAAAUGACCCCGUUGGCAGUGCAGUCUAUGCUUUCCACGGACUCGUCCGGGCAGGCAGUUCCGCCGAAGAGCUUCUUGAGCCGUGUGUGCAGGUUCUGGCGGCUCGGCUGGGACAAAUGCUCCGAUGGAGGGACGAGCAGCAGAUUGAGUCGGAGCGACCGCUGUCGGUGUACGGACUAGACUCGCUGUCUACGGUGGAGCUCCGAAACUGGAUCAAGGCCGAGUUGGGGGCGGAAUUGGCCACGUUUGAUAUUGUUCAUGCAAACAGCCUGAUCAUGUUGGCGGAAAGGGAUGAAUGGAUGGAUGGAUGGAUGGAGCGAGCGAGAGGAAACAAGGGCAGGCGCGACGCGAUCCCGGGUCACGGGGAGUUGGUGGCCUAA